UAAGUUCGAUGUGUUUGCAUCCAGUAUUCUACGAUAUUCUUACCAAGAAAAACCUUAUUCAACAUCCAACGCCCUAAGAUUCAGAUCGCUAAAAUGAAACAGUCUCAUCCCGCUUCAAGCAAAACCAUUAAUCGUCGCAUAUUGUUUAUUCUUUUCUGCGCAUGCAUUAUCUUGGUAACGUUGUUCACCUCUCUCCUGCUUGAUUCAAGUAGCUUUGGAACUCCAGUAAAACUCCCAUCAAUUCGUGGUAUUUUCGAAAGCUUGCCGUCAUGGAACAACAAUUCUCUUACGAAACUCUCUCGACAGUCUUCUCCUUGUCCUACGUGUCCAUCGACCAAGUGUGAAACUGCACCUCCUUGUGUCUGUGCACUGCCCGCUGGGGCACAAAAUUGUCCUACCCCUCCCCCCUGCCCACCACGUUACACAGACCUGCUACCGUUCAAAAGAGAUUUAAGCAUGAAGCUGAGUGAAAUACACCGAGACUUGAAGAGUUCCCUCGAUCAAAAUGUCAAACCUCCAGAACAUACGCUUUUAAAGCUGGAAGGUAUAUUGGAAGAACUCGACCGAAACUUCAAAUACAGCAGAAUUAUUGAAGUAGAGAAGGAAACCUAUCAUAUCGACCUCAACGACACCCUUGAUGUAUGUCCAGAGCAAUAUCUCGGCGAGAAGAAGGGAUAUCCUUUCUUCCAGUUCGGCUGGGUCACACAAAACUGUUCCAACGUCAAGCCAUUGCCUCAAGUCCUGACCAUCUUACUUAACACUGUAAACUAUCCUGAACCGUACGAGGACAAAAUCGGGCUGGUUCUGGAUGGGAUAAACAAGACAUACCCAGGCGUCCAGGUGUACAUAGCACCAAAAAACACAAAAAUCAAAGAUAUGGCUGAGCAGUUUCCAAAUGUGACUGCUAUUACUGUCGAAGAAAGGAGCACAAUGGGGAAGAUUUGGAAUAAAUUGGUUGCCAAGGUUACCACGCCUUACACCCUUGUCGCGCGCGAUGUGGUUCAUUUCGCGUGGUGGGUCCGUGUGAGGAGACAAAUUCGUAUGAUAAGUGAAAUGGACUACGUUGGGGUGGUUGGAGGGUCGUUUCGUAACUGGACUGGGCACUGGAAGGUUGGAUGUCGCCAGAUAAAAAAGAAAAACUACGUUCUAGAAUAUACGGAAGGAUAYCACUAUUCUUCUCGAUCYUGUAUGUUCUGCGAUGAYUUGGAGGGCCCAUUUGUGGCCAAAACAAAAAUCCUGAAAUCCGMUGAAUUUGGAGAAAAACUACCCAAAGAGGUUGUGUUUGAGGAUUUCUUUUUAAGGGUGCUCGACACGGGAUAUCAGACUAUGAACUGUCCCGAUGCUAUGUAUAUCACCAAYGAACGAAUAGCUGAAACAAAGCRGAGGAACAGAGAAGUAUGGCGWUWCUUUUCCGCAAAAUGGRAAUUCAUUAGAAUUCUUCUCCCAGGAGGYAUAAAACAUGCUUUYUCUUGCCAAGAAAUUUCCUACAAGUGUCGAACUAAAGUGACUAAGUAUGCUCUUAUGCCAUAUUGUUGUCUUGAACAGUAUGGGAGAGCUAUGAACUUCUUUCAGAACUUCUGUGYGGAGCAUAACAUYUUGUACGAGCUCGACGCAGGCUCAGUGCURGGUGCUGUGAAGAUGAGUGGUUACAUYCCUUGGGAUUUAGAUGGCGAUAUGUCACUGUUAUCCCAAAAUAUGACCAAUCUUAGAAAGUUCCAGGAUUACUUUCGACAAAAGGGGUUCAACUUGAAUGGGUAUUCAGCACCAAAGUGGGACGCAAACGGACAGAUAUUAAAACGUCGCAAAGGGUAUUUAGUGUUCCACAGUCCAGACAUUUAUACUGAAAUAAAUGGAUGGCCAACAAUGUCUGGGUAUUUGUUCCUUCCCCCUGAGCUUCGAGAUCCUGUCUACUUCACCAAGGUCCUAAUCAACGGUUACUGGAUUAACUCUAUGUUCUCCCCAGGCCUCUAUGCACGCAAUCGGUACGGAUUAGACGUGUUGAAACACUCACAAAGCUGGCUUCAAGUUGGGGGUAUGGGGUCUAGUUGGAGUCGUUACAAGCCGGGUCGUUUUCUUACGUGUAGAUACCCCAAGUUCCAUGCAUGUUUGGAUAAAUUCCCUGCUGAUGGAAAUAUAGCAUUCCAAGUUCCUUGACAACAUCUGGUUUUGCAUCCUGUUUCGAUUUUUCUAUGGCAACGUCCAGCAACAAAAGCGUGCCACACCCAAAGUUUAUCUGGGUUACAGAAACGCGAAACAUUAUAUAAACGAACUUGCCAAAGCCCCGUUAAAAUGAAGGUAGGGUGACUCCAGUGCUGUUGACGUCUUUUCCGCAUCGCUCAGUGGUCAUCCAAAACAAAAGAGUUAGGGUCACUUCAUCUUCAUCUAAGCGGGCCAUAGAGUAGAUUUCCUGAGUAAUAAACUGCUCGCGGCACACUCUUCGAGAUUGCUUUUCGUCCAUUCCAACGCCUAUAGUGAGGUAUUGAGGUAUUGACCAAUUACUCUUCAGUAAAUUGAAUUUAUGGACUGUUCUCACUUCAGGACAUGCUUACUUCCAGUGAAAUUUGACUUUCGUUUUUGGUAGAAUGUUAUAUAUUUAAAAGGGCAUCUGCUCAAAAAAUAUGCAUCGUUGGGUCCGAAGGUUCAACUUCGUAAUGGCUUACCCCAUCGUUUGGUAUUUUGUUUCAGUCCCUUUUCCAUUUUAGCAGUAUAAUUUUUUUAAAAAGGAGCUACAGUAACCUCAACGCAUUUCAAGGGAUCAAAAUUAAUUUAAAUUAUUUAUUAUCUUGUAUUAAAAGUUCGAUUGGCCAUGAAAUAUGAAUUUUAGCAGUAUAAUUAAAAAAAAGGAGUUACAGUAACCUCAACGCUAGCCUGCGUAGCCGGCCCUCUUUUGAGGCCGCAAAAGAGGGCCGGCUAUGCAGGCUACCUCAACGCUUUUCCAGGGAUCAAAAUUAAUUUAAGUUAUUUAUUACCUUGUAUUAAAAGUUCGA